AUGCGGCGGCCCUGCAAGGUGGCGGCGGCCCUGCUGUGCCUCGCCGUGCUGCUGCUGCUGUAUCUGCUGGCGGGCAGCGCGGCCCCGCCGCCCGCGCCCUCCGCGCCCGCCCGCCGCCCCCCGCGCCUCGGCCGGAGCCCCCCGCGCCGGAGCGGCGGCACCGCCGGCCACAGGAAGCCUGGGGAACAGAAACAUCCAAAGGAGCCUUCAUCCUUGCAGUGCAUGCAUCUGGCAGUGGUGGCAUGUGGGGACCGGCUGGAGGAGACGCUGAUCAUGCUGAAAUCAGCGGUUCUCUUCAGCAGCAGGAGACUCUGCUUUCACAUUUUUGCUGAGGAUUCCCUUAAGCCUGAAUUUGAGAAGAAGUUAAAGGAGUGGCCUUCCUCAUACACAAAGAAGUUUGAAUCCACCAUUUACCCAAUAACCUUCUCAGUAGGAAAUGCUCAGGAAUGGAAGAAGUUAUUCAAACCAUGUGCUGCCCAGCGCCUGUUUCUUCCGGUCAUCUUGAAGGAUGUGGAUUCCCUCCUUUACGUGGACACUGAUGUUCUCUUCCUGAGGCCCAUCGAUGACAUCUGGCACGUCCUGAAGGAGUUCAACUCCACCCAGCUGGCUGCCAUGGCCCCGGAACACGAGAUCCCAAAGAUUGGCUGGUACAGCCGCUUUGCUCGUCACCCUUAUUACGGGACAACCGGAGUCAACUCCGGGGUGAUGCUGAUGAAUUUAACGCGGAUCCGCAGCACGCAGUUCAAGAACAGCAUCAUACCAGGUGGUUUGACUUGGGAGGAAAUGUUAUAUCCAUUGUACCAGAAGUACAAAAAUUACAUUACAUGGGGAGACCAGGAUUUACUAAAUAUCAUUUUUUACUUUAACCCAGAGUGUCUCUAUGUGUUCCCCUGCCAGUGGAACUACCGGCCCGACCACUGCAUGUACGGCAGCAACUGCCGAGGGGCGGAGGAGGAGGGGGUGUCCAUCCUGCACGGGAACAGGGGCGUCUACCACGAUGACAAGCAGCCCACGUUCAAGGCACUCUACGAGGUGAUCCGUGAUUUUCCAUUUGAAGACAAUCUCUUCCAGUCCUUGUACUACCCUCUGCAGUCGAAGUUUCUGGAUACAGUACACACUUUAUGUGGGAGAAUUCCACAAGUAUUUUUGAAGCAAAUUGAGAAAACUAUGAAGAAGGUGUAUGAAAAUCGUGUCAUUGUCUACUUGGGGGCCAAUCACAGAUACUAAUUGUAGCUCUGUUUUUACAGAGUUUUUAAUUCUUGCACUCCAUCUAAUGAAGGAUAUAAAUGAAGAAUAUGAACUCCUUUACCGAAACUCAGAUUUAAGAUAUUUCCAUAUCCAAUUUCCUAAUAACUCCUGAACUUACAAAAAGCAGGAAAUCCUAGAAGCCUACCUAAAGUGUUAUUUCUUGGGCCUUUUUUCUCUUCCUAUGUUUACUCUUGUUGCAACAGGGAGAGGUGAUGAUUCUUACUUUAAUUUGGGUUUAGUUUGGGUAUUUAAGUACAGCUGUAUUCCUGUAACUUUCCUGAAACUGUGCAAAAGGUUGUGCUGCUCUGAGGCUUGACAAAGAAGUUUAUGGUUGGAGCUUUGUAACAUGAGGACCCUUGAAAUGAUGGGGCAAAUAUUCUUGAGUGACGUGAGAAUUCUGAAUUACAGAAAAGAUCACUCCUGUGACAGGAUCAGUUAAAAUUUACUGUAGUAAAAAGAAAGUAUUUGCUUAAAAGGGUACUUCUGUCUGAAGGUGUAUUACCUGCUGUUCUUCACGUGUAGGACCUGAGAGUUCCUGUACUUAAAAAGAUUAGGGGAAUAGAAGUGCCUGUUUCCUUUGUGUUUUACAGCA